GGAUUGCUUGGUAAAACGAGAGAUAUUUCUCCUCUUCCAUAAAACCCAAAACCCUACUUCUUCUAACAUAUUAUCCUCUGCUUCACUUGUAUUGUCCAAGCUACUUCCUCUGUGCCAUUUCAUUUCCGAACUCACAGUGCCGAAGCUGUCAUCGCGAUGAGAAGCACGGAACACUGAAGGUGAUGGAACGCUAUGACAAGUGCAGAACGCAGAGGGAGAAGGGGGAAAACGGAGUGAUAGUAGCGUCGUGUGGUUCUUCGCGCGAAAAAUUCCGCAGUUAUGGUGGGAAAACACUUUCGGCGAUCGCUGCUUCUAGAAACGGUUCUUCAUCUUCAAGAUAUAUGGCGGCGACCGGUAAUGUUAAGAAAAGGCAGAAACGAAAAUGUCUUCAGGAGUUGUUUACUGCAGACUACAUUGUCAACAACGUGCUGCGGAAGGAUGGCCCUACUCUCGGCCAGGAAUUUGAUUCUCUUCCUUCUGAGGACCAAGAAUCUACGAAAAGAAGAAAGGUUUCCAAGAGUGCAAUUCGAAGGCAACCCAAUUGUAAUAUGAAAGCACCUGUGAAGAAACAUGGUAUUGGCAAAGGUCUGAUGACAGUUUGGAGGGCAACAAAUCCUGAUGCUGCAGACCUUCCAAUUGGUUUUGGCGUUGCUGACCAAGAUGUUUCGCUAAUCGCAAAUUCUAUGACACAGAAACAAGUCUGUGAGAACAGGUCAUUGAAAACAGUGAGCUUGAAUGGAAUGCAAAAAAAUAAAAUGCAGAAUAAGAGAACUCAGUUGAAGGAUAAGAGGAAACUUGCCUUGCAAAGAAGAGUGGGGGAAUUGAACAUACAUGUGACUCAGAAUCAGACACCGAAGGAAAAAUGUGAACUUGCUUUAGAUAAUGCAAUAUCAGAUGAGGGAGUUGAUCGAAUUUCAAUGUUAAUUGAUGAUGAAGAGCUAGAGCUUAGAGAGUUACAAGGAGACAAUCUGCUGAUGUGUUCUGAUCAUCUUGCUGCCAGUGGAAUGUUUGGCUGCUCACUUUGUAAAGAUGUGCUGGCUAAGUUCCCCCCAGAUAAUGUCAAGAUGAAGAAACCUAUCCAUUUGCAACCUUGGGACUCCUCUCCAGAAAUUGUGAAGAAAUUAUUUAAGGUUUUCCAUUUCAUUUAUACAUAUGCUACAGUUCUUGAUAUUUGUUCCUUCACUCUUGAUGAGUUUGUUCAAGCAUUUCAUGAUAAGGACUCAAUGUUACUUGGGAAGAUUCAUGUGGCCCUUCUCACACUUCUUCUAUCUGACAUUGAAGUGGAGCUUGCUAAUGAGUUUUCAGCUCAUUUAAAUAAGUCAUGUAACUUUCUUGCAUUGCUUCACUCGGUUGAAAGUCAAGAAUAUUCCCUGGACUUCUGGAGAAGAUCUCUAAAUCCUCUUACUUGGAUUGAAAUACUCCGUCAAGUGCUGAUUGCCUCUGGAUUUGGUUCAAAGCAAGGUUCCUUACGUAGAGAGGCCCUUAGCAAGGAAUUGAAUCUUAUUGUAAACUAUGGCCUAUGCCCUGGCACAUUGAAGAGUGAGUUGUUUAAAAUCUUGUCAGAGAGAGGAAACAAUGGAUGCAAAGUAUCUGAGCUGGCAAAGUCAAAGCAGAUUGCUGAAUUAAACCUUGCCAGCACAACAGAGGAACUGGAGUCUUUAAUAUGUUCUACACUUUCCAGUGAUAUUACUUUAUUUGAGAAGAUUUCGUCAACUGCAUAUCGAUUGCGUAUGAGCACUGUUACAAAGGACAGUGAUGAAUUUCAGUCAGACAUGGAGGACUCUGGGAGUGUUGAUGAUGAACUUAAUGACACUGAUACAUGCAGCAGUGGUGAUGAUUUUGAAAAUAUUUCAAUAAACGCCAGUAUAAGAAAACUGAAGCGUGCAAACAGUCAUAAAAAUAAAAAUAAUACACUGAAAGUAUACACUGAAAUUGAUGAGAGCCAUCCAGGAGAAGUGUGGUUAUUAGGACUGAUGGAGGGUGAAUAUUCAGAUUUGAAUGUUGAGGAAAAAUUAAAUGCAUUGGCAGCUUUGACUGAUCUUCUUUCAUCUGGAUCCAGCAUCAGGAUGAAGGAUCCAAAAGUUACAGCUGAUUGCAAUUCUGGCAUCCACUUACGUGGUUCUGGAGCUAAAAUAAAGAGAUCAGUAGUAAAAAAUCCAGGGCCUUUUUGGAACCAGACUGGACAAAUGCGAUGUGUUCCAGAAGUACACUUGAAUUCUGAUCCCCGUCCAGUAGAUUCCUCAUCAUUAAUCUCUAGGUUCCAUAGUCAUGAGGCAUCCAUUGAAAAGGGAAAAGGUUCAACUGAUUCACACCCGAUUCAAUCAGUGUUUUUGGGAUCUGAUCGUCGGUACAAUAGAUACUGGCUUUUCUUGGGCCCUUGUAACACAGAUGAUCCAGGCCACAGGAGGGUUUACUUUGAAUCUUCCGAAGAUGGUCACUGGGAGGUUAUUGAUACUGAAGAGGCCUUGUGUGCCUUGUUGUCAGUUCUGGAUGAUAGAGGGAAACGGGAGGCUCUUCUUAUUGAAUCUUUGGAAAGGAGACAGAUAUCUCUAUGUAGAUCUAUGUCCAGGAUUAAUGUUAAUAGUACUGGAAUAGGGUGUUUGUCACAAUCUGAUCAAUCUGAAUUGGAUAUGGUCACAGAUGACAGUUAUUCUCCUGUAUCUGAUGUAGACAACCUAAACCUGACUGAGACUGGUAAAGACUCUUUACCAUCAGCUGGGGCUGUGGUAAUUGAAGCAGGAAAGAGAGGAGAGGAACAAAUGCAAAAAUGGAUCCGUGUUCAAGAAUAUGAUUCCUGGAUUUGGAAUUCCUUUUAUUUAGACCUCAAUGUUGUGAAAUAUGGUAGAAGGUCUUAUCUUGACUCUCUUGCCAGAUGUAAGAGUUGUCAUGAUCUGUACUGGAGAGAUGAGAGACACUGUAAAAUUUGCCAUGUGACUUUUGAGCUUGAUUUUGAUCUAGAAGAAAGAUAUGCAAUCCACAUUGCCACAUGCAGGGAGAAAGAAGAUAGAAAUACAUUUCCUAAUCAUAAGGUGCUACCAUCACAGAUUCAAUCACUAAAAGCUGCAAUUUAUGCUAUUGAGUCUGUUAUGCCCGAAGAUGCCCUGGUUGGUGCUUGGAGGAAGUCUGCUCAUAAACUAUGGGUCAAACGGCUCAGACGUACCUCAACUUUAGUGGAGCUUUUGCAGGUUCUUGCUGAUUUUGUUGGUGCCAUCAAUGAGGACUGGUUGUUUCAAUGCAAAUUUCCAGAUGGUGUGGUUGAAGAAAUCAUUGCAUCUUUUGCAUCUAUGCCCCAUACAUCAUCUGCCCUUGCUCUGUGGUUAGUGAAGUUAGAUGCCAUAAUUGCUCCCUACCUGGACAGAGUCCAUCCUCAGAAGAAGCAGGGAAUCAGCAAACAUGGUUCUUGGUGAUACGCGCACUUUUUGUACAAGUAAAAAUACAUGCAUAUUAUAGGAAUUAAAAUGAAGGAACUACCAGUUCCGCUACUUGUCGCACAGAUGGAUUUUAAUCAGAGAUUCAUGUGCUGGCUCCACUUGGUUCUGAAUUUUUCGAAUGACUACAAUUUGGACAAGGCAAUAAUACUGUGCAUGUCAAAAUCAUACCCCUUUUUUCCCCCAUAUGUUCCCCUUGAUGUGUACAGGCAAUCCUGUUAGUCAGAUGUAUAGCUUUAGAUUUUAAAAAAUACUGGUUAACUUGAGUUUUUUGGUGCGUGAUCCCACUUGGUUUCUACAAGGUCACCCAUUUUUCUUGCUUCAUAGUGUUGUGGUCUUCUCGUUCGAGAAAUCAAUUUUGUCUUUGUAUCUUGCAGAAUAAUGUACUGACUGAAUAAAUAAUCUGUAUUAUGAGUAUUCUAGAGUUUAAGGAUAUUUUUUAAAUGAAGACUGGCUCGUACAAUUUUAUU